UGUUACCACAGUGGUGUCUAAGAUUCACACACCCAACUCAAUUCACAACAGAAGCAAGCACACAAAUACAGCAAUCAAUUCUAAUAAAUAAAUACACAAUAAUGGGAAAAAAAAAAGGAGAGACAUUAAAGUAAAUUACUGGUAAUCAAUCAGUCGUGUUCAUAUCAAAUCAGGAAAAUCUGAAGACCUUUACAUCACAGAAUUCCAUGCUUCUGUUUUACUGUAUGUGUUAUGUUUUUGAAGGCAUCUCAGUCUGAAGACUCCAAACUCACCACCUACCACUGAUAACUCCAUCCCUUCUUCUUAUAUCCCCACCACUCACAAAUAUCAGUUUUUUCCAUGUCCCUCUACCAUUUUGCACAGAGAUCUGGAAUUGUGUGUUUAAUUGUUUGUCUUAGGACAAGGAAUGUUGAAGGGGUUUCAAAGAUCUGGCAUUUCAAGGUUGCUCUUUUGAGUUCCAUCACACAGAGGGUUUUUGGUAUCUGAUAGAAUGGCCUCCGAUCUGAAAGCAGAGUUAUCCAAGGAAGCUUUCUUUAAUCUGAAGGUCUGGGAAGUAAUUGGAAUAGCUGUUGCAUUAUUUAUCAUAAUUAUCCUCUCUGUGCUAUCAAUGUGCCUUACUUCACGUAAGAAAUCAAGGAAAGCUAGGGACAAGAUUCCCCUUAGUCAAAUCCCAACUGUCUCAAAAGAAAUUAAGGAAGUUCGAGUGGAGCAAGUAUCUGCAAGUGAAUUUGCUCCUCGUGAUGGAAUUCUUCUCACCAUUCACGACAAAUCCAGUGACAAAGAAUCAGAUAAGAUCAUGCUCCAUUUGGGUAUGGGCAAAUCGAAGAAUGGAGAGAAUAGCAGCCAGUCAGGUUCAUUUAAUCAAUUAGAAAACGAUGGUGGCCUGUACCAAUCUGGAGAAGAAGGGAGUUCCAGCACUGUUACGGUGUAUAAGGCUUCUUCAUCGUAUCCAAUAACUGCCCCGUCUCCUCUAGUUGGCCUGCCUGAAUUCUCUCACUUGGGUUGGGGCCACUGGUUUACAUUGAGGGACCUUGAGCUUGCAACAAAUCGGUUUUCAAAGGAAAAUGUCCUUGGUGAGGGCGGAUAUGGAGUUGUUUACAGGGGAAAUCUCAUCAAUGGGACUCCAGUGGCCGUUAAAAAGAUCCUAAACAACCUAGGCCAAGCAGAGAAAGAAUUUAGGGUGGAAGUUGAAGCAAUUGGCCAUGUGCGCCACAAGAAUUUGGUUCGUCUACUGGGAUACUGCGUCGAAGGGACUCAUAGGAUUUUGGUCUAUGAGUAUGUCAACAAUGGAAAUUUGGAGCAAUGGCUUCAUGGAGCAAUGCGUCAGCAUGGAUAUCUCACUUGGGAAGCACGCAUAAAGGUUCUCCUUGGAACUGCAAAAGCUCUUGCCUAUUUGCAUGAGGCCAUUGAACCAAAAGUGGUACACCGAGACAUUAAAUCUAGCAACAUAUUGAUUGACGAAGACUUCAAUGCCAAGGUAUCUGAUUUUGGCCUGGCCAAGCUGCUGGGUGCGGGGACAAGUCAUGUGACAACUCGCGUUAUGGGAACCUUUGGAUACGUCGCCCCUGAAUAUGCUAAUACCGGACUUUUGAAUGAAAAGAGCGACGUGUAUAGCUUCGGGGUUUUGCUCUUGGAAGCAAUUACUGGAAGAGACCCUGUGGACUAUGGUCGCCCUGCACAUGAGGUAAAUCUGGUCGAUUGGCUAAAAAUGAUGGUUGGAAGCAGAAGGUCUGAAGAAGUCGUAGACCCAAACAUUGAGGUGAGACCAUCAACAAGAGCCCUAAAACGAGCUCUCUUGACUGCUUUGAGGUGUGUUGAUCCAGAUUCUGAAAAAAGACCCAAGAUGGGCCAAGUUGUCCGUAUGCUCGAGUCUGAGGAAUAUCCCAUACCAAGAGAGGAUCGAAGACACCGAAGAACUGAAGCAGGCAGCAUGGACAUUGAUUCCCAGAGGGAAAAUUCAGAUACUGAUCGGAGUGAUUAUCCGGGUUCAAGAUCAGAAAGCAAAGGCUAUCAGCGGACGUAAUUAAGCCAGUGGUUCAGUUGAGAAUCUCAGAAAUAUAGAAAGUGAGGGUGAUUCUUAAUUUUUUUUCUACUCCCAAAUUCUUGGGUGUCUGUCUGAUCUGAUGCUAUUAGGGCAGGGGAGAGGGGGUUGAUGGGGGAGAGAGAUGAUCCUUGUGUUCCUUUUUUUUUGUUCUCCCUUCAUUUUUCCUUUUGUUCCUUUCUGGUAGAUGGAGAGAUAUAUUGUUUGUGUAUCAAAGUGGUGGUGUUUGUGAAAAACCCAAGACAAUGGGGGGCUAUGUACAGAAUGAUUGCUCUUCAAAUUUGUUGGAUGAAAUGCUCCCUUUUUUUA